UUAAACAUGGAGCAGCCCAAAACCCAAUUGACCCAAACACCCAUUCAUUGCAAGUACCACAACAAAUCCACCAUCGCACGCAGCAACACGAUUCAAGGCAAGCGAAAACAGGUUGCAAAUUGCUUCAGAUGCUUGUGCCCUAAGCCCUAUAUCAACAAGAAACUCUAGAGUUCCUUUGCUAAAAACAAUUCACCUCUUUCAAAUUGAAAUUCAGGGGAAGACGCACCGUCUUCCCUUGACUAGACCCUCAAUCUUCAACAACCUGCCAAUUAACUGAGCAAAGAACUCAGGAAGAGAUAUGGCUACUAGACGUGUUCGUUACACCCCUCUGGCUACAGACGAGGAUGAUUAUAUUGGUGAUAGGAAUAGACCUUUUGACCCACGAUUUGAUUAUACACCAAAAGCCUUGGAUAAAGUUCCCUGGAAAUCCAUUGUCCUUGCACUGUUCCUGUUAUUCCUUGGUACAGGUCUUCUGUUUCUUUCAUACUUUAUCUUCACUGGUCAUAUGGGGGGAGAACGGUCUCAAGCAUAUGGCCUUUUAGCCUUAGGGUUCCUUAGCUUUCUCCCAGGCUUUUAUGAGACUCGAAUUGCAUAUUAUGCAUGGCGGGGUGCCAAAGGGUACCGCUUUUCUGCCAUCCCUGAUUAUUAGAGCAUUGGAGCUGCUAUACCUUGAAAACUUAGUCAUGAUCAAAUUUGAUUGCAACUUUGUGUGCUUCAAUGUAGCAUGUAUUAGGCCAUAUUAUAUUUUGCCUAUGUACCUAUUUUGUUCGCUUAAAGAGAUUACAUGAAAAUAUAGAUUGCAGGUCUGCACGCAGAUCCUUCUCAUGUGC